AAGCAUUCUCAUAUAAAAAGCAACAUGUAUUGUUUCUGAAAAGACUUCUUCAUCAGACACCCUACUAUUUCAUAGGAUAAAUUAUUGGGAGACUGCACUGAAUCAACAUUUUGAAGAUAAAAAAUGUCGAUCUGAACAACAAACAUGGCUCCAAAAGAGGGUGGUGCAAUUCUGUUGCUAUUAACUGUUACCUUGGUCAAUGGACUUGGAUAUUAUAGAUAUAAUAAUGCACACAGUCCCAAUGGUCAGCGAAACAUAGAUCGAAGUUCUGAAAGCUCGGAAGAAAAUCGAGUGUCUACUUUCUCUGUCCCCAGAGUCAGAUGGUACCGAGGACCAGCAGGUCCACCAGGACAACGUGGUCCACCAGGCCCACCAGGAUACCCAGGAAAACCAGGUGUUGGAGCUCCAGGACCACCAGGUCAUCCAGGGCAGCCAGGUUCACAGGGGCUACCAGGCAUAGGGAAGCAAGGUAUUCCAGGAGCACCAGGAAAGUCAGGUGAAAGAGGGUACCCUGGACCAAAAGGGAGCAUGGGACCUCCUGGCAUGCAAGGACAGAAAGGCUUACCAGGUCCAAGAGGAUUUCCAGGGCCAAAUGGAUUGUCCAUUCCUGGUAAACCGGGUGCACAAGGGCCGCCAGGUGCUUCAGGACCAUUAGGUCCGCCUGGGAAAAAAGGAGAACCAGGGUACCCUGGUCCAAUUGGUGCAAAAGGAGAAAAAGGAGUUGGAAUACCAGGGCGUGCAGGUGAAAGGGGCCCUCCUGGACCACCAGGACCACAAGGAGUUCGUGGUGAAACAGGAUACGGAAAACCAGGAGCCCCAGGCCUUCCUGGCAAGCCAGGAGAAAAAGGUGAAAAAGGCUUAGCAGGUUCACCUGGAUACUCUGGUGCACCAGGUCAAAGAGGCCCACCUGGGCUACCUGGACCACCAGGUAUUGGAAAGCCUGGAGUGGAUGGCACACCAGGGUUACCAGGACCUCCUGGACCCCAGGGUCCCUCUGGUUCCCAAGGCUCACCAGGUGAACCUGGACUUCCUGGUUUUGGGAGACCAGGCCCACCAGGACUUAAAGGGGACACAGGUUCACCAGGCCCUGCCGGAUAUCCUGGAAGAAAAGGAGAAAAAGGUGCCCCAGGUAAUCCGGGAGCUUCUGGACUUUUAGGACCAUCAGGUCCACCUGGGCCUCAAGGUCUACGAGGAGCACCCGGUGUACCCGGUACACCAGGAGCUAAAGGGGAACCGGGCUCAGCAGGUGCUCAAGGAUAUCAAGGACUAAAGGGUGAGAUGGGUCCUGGGGGUGCCCCAGGUAAAUCAGGAAUUCCAGGAGAACCUGGUCUGCCCGGGCCAGAAGGUCCAAGGGGACCUCCUGGCCAAAAAGGUGCCAUUGGACCCAUUGGGCCACCUGGCAAAACAGGUGAAACUGGUUCUCCAGGUCCUCCAGGGCCACCAGGAUUCUCAGGUGAGGUUGGAUUGAAUGGACCCCCUGGAUCUCCUGGUCCAAGAGGCCUGCCUGGUUACCCAGGACCUCCAGGAUUCCCUGGAGAAAAAGGAGAUCCAGGACCUUCAGGGCCACCAGGACCACCAGGUCUUUCUUCCAGCUUCCAUGAGAAGUUACCUCAAGGACUACCAGGCCCUCCAGGCCCAGAAGGUCCACCAGGUCCACCUGGGCCCCCUGGUGCACCAGGGCCUCCAGGGGAAAGUGCACAACCAGGAAAGUACGGGGGCUACAAUGGUCACAUCGUGCCUGGAGUCACAAAUUCAUAUCCAGCUUUUACGGCCAUUCUUUCAGAAUCCUUUCCAGCAGCCCGACAACCUAUAGCAUUUGACAAAGUACUCGCCAAUCAAAAUAAUGAUUAUGAUCCUUCAACUGGAAUAUUUACAUGUAAAAUGCCAGGUAUCUAUCAAUUUACUUACCAUUUACAAGUCAAAGGAGGAAAUGUUUGGGUUGGACUGUUCAAAAACAAUGAACCUAUAAUGUACACAUAUGAUGACUAUACAGAAGGUUACGUUGAUCAAGCCUCAGGAAGUUCUAUAAUACACUUACGUGAAAAUGACCAAGUUUAUGUUGAGUUACCUUCAGUUGAGUCCAAUGGCUUAUAUUCUUCUGAUUAUAUGCAUUCAUCCUUCUCAGGAUUUUUAAUUAGUCAAACUAUUUGAUGCACAUCAAUCAUACUAGCAAUUCCCCCAACCACCCGCCAUCACCCACAACCAUCCCACCUCCAAUGUAGUGGCGAGUUGUUUACACAUGCUCGCGGAGUCCUGGCAAUUCACACAGAAUACUUUAAAAAGGCUUCACGACUAAAAUGUUUUGGGUCUCUUGCAGGACCCCAUAGGGGAACAUGGCACAUUUUCCACCCACCAUCUACCCAGGCUGGGCUCUGGUUGAAACUCAUUUCCAAAGUGCUUUAUCGAAGUGUCACAUUACUAUCUCUGGCGAAAUGGCAGUAAGGUUUCUCACUGUGUUCGAGAAAGUUCAUGGAAAAUACAUUGCAAAAUACAUAUCUAUUGCCCACUGUUUCAAAGGAGAUUUAGUGUCAUUCACUCACCUCCAUCCUACCAAAGAAAGACAGUGGAGAAUUACGAUUAUUUCAAAUAACUUAGUUAUAAUGUAUUUCUUCAAGAGAUAAUAAUGAUCUAUCACAUAAUGGUUUACUUGACUAACUGAUCAAUGGUUAAUUUCAUCCAUGUCAACAUCAAGCAUCCAUAUCUCUUCAGACGGAACCUAGAGGUAUUUUCCAAAUAAUUAAAACCUGCAGCCAUUUCUCAUGGCAGCAAAAUAAGAGAACCCAUUGUGUCACAGUGAAUUAGCUUUAAAGCAGCAAGUGCAAGUUUUGAGAAAUAUACUGUCAAAAAAUUGGACAAACUGGAUUUUUCACUUUAUGUUGUCUUAAACUGAAAUAUCACAAUAUAAAUGCAAUUUUUAAAAAAAACUCGUACUUUUCUGUUUUCCACACAGCCAAUCUCAAAGCCAGUCUGCUUGACACCAAUAAUUAUCUUAAAGAUUUGACAAAUUCUACAAUUAAUUAUUCCACAAUUAAAUCACAGAGAGGUGCUUUGGAUAAGAGAGAUCCUUGUCCAUUUCCAAAAUAACAGGAAUCAACUGGCAAUAUUGUACAGCAAACUAUGUUGAACCUUUUUUUAUAAACUCGAGGCCUUACCGUCAAAAAAUAAAGUAUUAGAAACUGUAUCCAAAUGCAUUAAUAGCCACAAAGCAUUUUAUUAUUUCAAAAUGUGUAUAUAAAAUAAAAUUGUUUAUGAUGCUA